CAGGGACCAAAGUUUUCUGAUUUUAUUGAUCAAAAAGCAACCAAAUACUUGAUUCAGAAAAUAAAGAAGUAAAUAAAUGAGAUUCCCAUGUGGGACAGACCAUACAGUUCAUGGUUCAUGUGGCCACACAUUCCAAUGCAUAUAUAUCAUUUCAAAUAAUUCAUAUUGAAUGAUUGCACUUGAAUCAUGUGUGGUUGCAUAUAUACAAUUUGAUCAUCUUUUUGAUGCAAAAACUUUCACUCUUUCCAUCAACCAUGUGGAGUGGCCUUCCUCUUGAUCUUCUUGCCAACAUCUUCUCCUUCCUCUCUCCCGACUCUUUGGCGCGAGCUCGAUCAGCCUGCAAGCAUUGGCACGAGUGCGUAGAUACUCGCCCCUCGUGCACCGAACCGAUCUCAUCACCAUGCCAUCCUUCAUGGUUCAUUGCCUUGCCCUUGCGUGCCCACAAGCUAUGUUUUGCUCACAAUCCACUUCUUGACAAUUGGCAUAGGCUGUCCCUGGAGUUCCUUCCUGAGUUAGUUAAGUCGAUUUCCCCAGUUGGUAGUCUUCUGCUUUUAAGAUCCAUAAGUUCUGUUGUUCUUCAAUUAGUCAUAUGCAACCCAUUCACUUGCCAAUUUCAGUAUCUCCCAAAGCCAAAUAUUGCAAGGACUAAUCCUGCUGUGGGAGUUGUGAUACAAAACACAGGCCAGAAUUCUCAAUUUCCAGACUUCAUGAUCUAUGUAGCAGGCGGGAUGUCGGAGGCACCAAAGGGCGGCACCAUGUAUGAAUCAAAGUUGGAAAUGUAUGACUCAAGAAAUAACUCGUGGAGAAUUGUAGGAUCCAUGCCGGUGGAAUUUUCAGUGAGGUUAACAGUUUGGACUCAGAAUGAGAGUGUCUACUCUAAUGGAGUUCUGUAUUGGAUAACCUCUGCAAGGGCAUUCAGCGUGAUGGGCUUUGAGAUUGACUCAAACAUUUGCAGGGAGUUGCAGGUACCGAUGGCGGACCGCCUUGAAUUUGCUUCACUCACAUGCCGAAAUGGAAGGCUAGCAUUAGUAGGUGGCAUAUGCGGUGAAGACGCCUGUGUUUGGGAGCUCGGAGAUGGAGAUAUGUGGGUGUUGGUUGAAACGGUGCCGAAUGACUUGGGGAUAAAACUUCUAGGAGGGUGCAAUAGAAGCUGGAUUAACACCAAAUGUGUAGGCAAUAAUGAAGUUAUGUGUUUAUAUAAAGAGCUGGGAAGUGGAAUGGUAAUUUGGAGAGAAAUAAAAGAGAUAAACAAACGGGAAUGGGUUUGGGUCGAAGGGUGUUCUUCGAUUCGAGGCAAAAGAGUACAUAACUUGCCAAUAAAAGGACUGCUUCUUCAUCCAAGCCUUGCUCCUUUUGCAUCUUACUCAAAUUACACACCUUGAUACAUUGUAGCUUGAUAUCCAGAGUUGAAACUCCACAUUCUGGUGUACUAGCUUUGGCCGUGCCCGACUUGCUUACUCGGAUUAUAACGAAGGGAAAAUACAAGGUCAAUCACAAUGCAACUACUAUAUCAUAGAAGUAAGAAUUCAUGAAACGCUGUAUAUUUAAUUUGAAAGCAAGAAUUCAUGAAACGCUGUAUAUUUAAUUUGAAAGCAUGAUGCUAGAAUCAGAGUACAAUUUGGAGUCAA